AUGUGCUGGCCUCAUAUCCAGAUUCGGCGGCCAGGCGAGGGCGAGGAUCUAUUCUUCUCCCGUCCUUCAAAGGACUUUGAUCCUUGGAUCCGAAACAUCAUUUACGAUUACUGCUUCGACCUCAAAUACAUAAAUGUCCCAUUGCCCUAUACUACUUACGAAGAGCAGAGGUUGGGCCCCAAAGAUGAACCUCCAAUCCCUGUCGGCACUUGGCACCUUCCACCUCACGGCUUCGUCAUCUUCUGCCUCAACCGAUUCAUGUAUUUCGAUGCCAGCAGACGCUUCUACCACAUCCACUUUCGCCAUCUUACCUUUCAGCCGCGGUCAUUCAAGGAGCUUCGUACCACCAUGCUGCAAUUUCCGAUGGCCUUGCGUUCGCGCCCGAACGUUGUCCUAGUGCUAGGCGAUCAUGGACGCAAUAACCUCGAUGGUGUAGCAUGUGACGCAGGCCUUGAGGACUCCUGUGCCCCUUGGGUAUACAGCUCGCCAAAACAUGACGGAUUUGACUUUCAGCAUAUCUACGGCGACAAAUUCCAUAUUACGAUGUACCGACGCCGAGGCCAUGUGGACAGUAUAUGCGCACACGGGAAGCUUGGCAACCUGGCUUGGCUAUAUGGGUACAAGGCCAGAAUUGAUUGGAACAGGACUUCUUUGGCAAGCACUUCCAGUUCUGAGGCCAUUCCCGUGCGUAAGGAAAUUGGAUCAAUAGUCAAAUCCUGGCUUACGAGCUGGAGCAAAAGUGAACGACCGAUGCCAGGUUCUUCGUCUCCGGGCCCUGUAGGAGAAAUGUUAGGCACGCUUGUGGAACAAAGCAUGGCUGAGCAGCCGACAACGCAUGUUGUCCCUGGUGAGGCGUCAGGGGCUUCGCCUGCGCUGGGUGAAUCUAUUUCUGGAAACAGAGAGACUCGAGAUUGCUCGGAUAGAAAAGGACGCCAGUCCGCUCAUGAACUACCUCGUAGCUCGGUGAUCGAAAACGCAAGGAACAACAAGCGCCCUCUGGAACAGAAAAGAUCCUCAGCAGACUACAAGCGUGUUCAGAAAAAAUCACAAGUAGCAUCACCCUUGAAGGAAAAUCGGCCUCUUUUGCGACAAGCCUCCAAAGGCUCCAACCAAACGCCAUUCCCAAAAAUUGUAUUCACAAAUCCAUAUUUCCAGGUGGCACAAGAAGGCAACCAAACCGCCAACAAAGCAAAGAAACCAGGAGAUGAGGAUAGGAGUUAUGGUAAGCUACACGGCGCUUUUUUCACAUUCAGAGCGUCAGGGAAUGGCAUCAAUACCAAAUCAGUAUUGGAGACCGAAGAAACGGGCCACUUCCUUCUACGACCUCUUGAGGUCCGACGGAAGCGAAAAAGAGUCGAUUCUGAAACUAAUAGCACGGAGACCGCGGAGAACGAGUCCAAGCUUGAGUUCCUGGAUGACGAUGCUCCUAGUUUGAUGACAUCUCUGCCGUACCGUCCAAAGUCUCGACCGUUGAUAAAGGUGCUGGAAGAGCAGGUUUUCACGGAGCCUGUUGCACCGGAAUCCAACGAAAAAGACGCGCAGGGUCAACAUGGGCAGGCUGCCGUAUUUGAGGAGACGUCCGAUAUACGUUCAACCCGAGAAAGUGCUAGACGCUCUGCCCGUAGAGCUUCACAUGCUCUCCUGAUCGAAGAACUGAACCAAGACACCCAGACCAACGAUACUUCGCCGAUGCAGUCCGCACGCACGGCAGAGGAAGCUUCGCUGUCCAGUAGCGAUACCCUCAUAGCCUCGGCGAAGUAUACACAUCUUGAAGGCAACAUCAACACGCCAGUGAGGGAGCGCACUGUAAAGCGAAUUCGACAUGCCCGCGAGAGGAGCGGCUCAAAGGAUCGCAUCCAGCUGUGGCUGAACCGACCAGAUGGACAGGAUUACCAGGCCACACCAGCGGCGACUCUUCAGUGCGAUGCCACGAGUGCACCCGGGCACACAGCAAGCGGCUCCACGACAACUACCGGGACAUUGGUUCAGGAGCCGCAACAGGGCGAACCGUCAACGCCUACUGCCUCCUCAGCAAACAAGCACACCGCGCACCAAGCAAAAAGCCGCAACCCCUCCCGCUCAACAGUCCUAACGAACAGCAGCGCGCGCUCCGGCUCCCAGUCAUGGAUCACAUCCUGCGCCUCCAGUGUCUCAACCGCGCAGCACGCACUCCAGCCCCCAGCAGCCACAGCAAGCAUCAACACCGACGCCACCACCACGCCCAGUACGGCGCGCGAGCCCUCGCCCACCACGACCGCUCUCGCCGCCACAACCACCACAGCGAACAGCGCCAGCGCCGUCCCACCAGCCCCACCCACAACAACAACUUUUCCUGAAGUCGCGCCGCCGCUGCACGAGAUACCCAUCCCUGUCCCUGUCCCUGUUCCUGCCUCCGCGCUCUCGCUCACGCCGACCCGCGCUUGGUGGGAGACGAGUCCGAGUGCGGGAGGUGGGUCCGAGGCGCGUGGGUGUAGGUCGACGGGCGGGGCGAGGAAGCGGCAUGGUAAGGGGGUGAGGGGGGCUGGGGGGUGGAGUGGUGGUGGUGGUGGGGGAAGGAGCCCUGGUAUUGGUGGGAGUGGGAGUGGGAGUGGUAGGGGGGUGGGGAAAUCGUCGACGCGGCUGGAGAUGGCGACGUGGAUUGCGUUGGAUGGGGUGGGGAAGUAG